AUGUCCGACCAAAUUCCAAUGGGGCGACAGUUCCUGAACACCCUCCACCCAAGCCACACCUGCAUCAGCGGCGGCGGCGGCGGCGGCAGCAUGAUAAAGUCCUACUGGCACAACCAACUCCGCGCCUCGGGGACACUCUUCGAGGCAAAGGCGGCCUCGCCGUCCAAGGAUCGAGCGACUAGUGCCUCCGAUCUGUAUACACCGGCGUCGGGAAGCAGUAGUGGUUUGACGGAGUCUUGUACGCUUGGCCUCAGCGCGGCGACUUCGCCUCGUUCAGCCUCAUUUCGUAGUCCGUCUUCAUUCAGCUCAUGCCGUCGACGUUUGCGUGCUGCAGCCCGCUCCGCAGAAAGGCAUGGUGCAAGUGACAUCCGUGAACGUUUUGGCGCCUUGGCCAAGCCGUUGUUUCAAAACUUUUUGCUGCCGCAGGUGGAGGCUCAUGAGACGCGUCCGGCGCUGACGGUUGUCCUGGACCUUGACGAGACCCUGGUUAGCAACCGUAAUGGGGCCUUCGUGUCCGCCAUUCUGCGCCCGUACUGCCUGCACGUCCUUAAUGCCCUUCGGCACAUGAGAGGAUUGGAGGUUGUCUUGUGGACGGCGUCAACGAAAGAGACGGCGCUGCCGGUGGUGGAGCAGCUGAACCAAAGUGGACCCGUCUUUGAUGAGGUGAUCUACCGCAAUGAUAUGUGGUUCACGGAGCCGCUCCACACCAAGGAUCUACGUCUCUUGGGACGAGACAUGGACCGGCUACUCAUCAUUGACAAUGCGGCGAAUUGCUGCAAGCUGAACCCCAGAAACAGCGUUCUCGCGGAUGACUUUUAUGGAUGUCGCACUGAGGAGGAUGCGACGCUAGUUAACGUCUACUACAUCAUUGAUCGUGUUCUUAGAGGGUGCCACGACGACGUGCCGGUGAGGGACACCUUGCUGGGCCUUGCGACGGAUGGACAGUUGUGCAGCCCCUACGUGCUGACCCUGCCGGAUGCAUGGAAGAGCCUGCCGUUGCGCGAAAUUGCACCGCUCAAGAUCCCUCCGCACGGUCGCUUUACGCGUUCACACCGUCAACCGUUAGGCGAAGCAGUUAUGCGCCAUUGGACGAUGUAG